AUGACCGUCGACGUGUUUUCCGUGCCAGUAUUCCUGGUCGUCUUUCGAGAGUCUCUCGAAACCGUCAUUAUCGUGUCUGUUUUGUUGGCUUUCCUCAAGCAGACUCUCGAUGGCCCAAACAGAGACUUGGCCGUGUACAAGGCCUUGCGCAAACAGGUCUGGCUCGGUACGGGCAUCGGUUUCUUGAUAUGUUUGAUCGCUGCAGGCGUCGUUAUCGGCGUCUUCUACAAGCUCGGCCGUAACAGCUGGGAAGCCCAUGAGCUCUAUUACGAGGGAGCCUUCUCUCUCGUAGCCGCCAUCAUCAUCACGAUCAUGGGCGCGGCUCUGCUCCGCAUCGGUAAAAUGCAAGAGAAGUGGCGCGUCAAGUUGGCAAAGGCAAUGGAGUCUCCUGUCAAGACCGGUGCCAGCCGGGGAUGGUUCAAGCGCUUCGCCGAGAAGUAUGCCAUGUUCAUCCUGCCCUUCAUCACCGUACUCCGUGAAGGAAUCGAGGCCAUCGUCUUCGUCGCUGGCGUCUCUUUCUCGGCGCCUGCAUCUGCCGUGCCGCUUCCAGCUAUCGUCGGGUUAAUUGUCGGCGCCUUUGUCGGUUAUCUCUUGUACAAGGGAGGAUCUACAGCCAAGCUGCAAGUGUUCCUUGUAAUCUCCACCUGUCUCUUGUACCUGGUUGCUGCUGGACUCUUCUCCAAAGCAGUGGGUGAUUUCGAACAGCAAGAGUGGAACAAGGUUGUCGGCGGUGACGCUGCAGAACUUGGAAACGGACCGGGUUCCUACGAUAUUGACAAGAGCGUGUGGCACGUGAACUGUUGCAGCCAGGAGCUCAACGGCGGCGGUGGCUGGGGUAUUUUCAACGCCGUCCUCGGUUGGACAAACUCAGCAACCUACGGCUCUGUAAUCUCCUAUAAUGUCUACUGGAUCUUUGUCAUCGGUUGCUUCCUCGUCAUGAGGUUCUACGAGACCAAGGGACACUGGCCUUUGAUGAAGCCAAAGGCUCCUCGGGAAGCCGAUAGGAGCCUCUCCGAUGACCGCAGCGGAAGCGAGGAACAGGCGAGCUCAUUUGAGAAGGACAAGGGGGCGGCAACCACGAAGACGGUGACGGCUUCGUCAUAG